AUGGCUUUGUUAUUAUCAUUCUCAACUGUUGGUGGAUUUGCAGUUAAAGUAAUACAAAAAUAUAAACCACCAAAGACUACACCAUUAAUAAUUGGUAUAGGAAUAGCAGCCGUAGCAACUGCUGGUAGAUUUGCAGUUAAAGCAAUACAAAAAUAUAAACCACCAAAUGUUGGAAGUGGUGGAUCAAUAAUAUCAUCAUCAAAAUUUUAUAAAGGUGGAUUUGAUCCAAAAAUGAAUAAAAGAGAAGCUGCUUUGAUAUUAGGUUUGAGAGAAAGUGGUCUUGAUAAAAUAAAGAUUAAAGAAGCACAUCGGCGAAUUAUGUUACUGAAUCAUCCCGAUCGUGGUGGAUCUCCAUAUCUAGCAAGCAAAAUAAACGAAGCUAAAGAUUUACUAGAGAAAAAUAAUGGGAUCCUGAUUAGAUCAUUGAAAAAAAUAAGUGAUAGUGGAUCAAAAUUUUAUAAAGGCGGAUUUGAUCCAAAAAUGAAUAAAAGAGAGGCUGCUUUGAUAUUAGGUUUAAGGGAAACUGGUCUUAAUAAAAUUAAAAUUAAAGAAGCACAUCGACGAAUUAUGCUGUUGAAUCAUCCAGAUCGUGGCGGAUCUCCAUAUCUGGCAAGCAAAAUAAACGAAGCUAAAGAUUUACUAGAGAAAAAACAUGCUAGAUCAUGA